UUCGGCCGCAGGUUGGUGGCGAGAGGAGGGGACUUGCGGGUGCGGGGAGGGGGAACCUUGUGGCCGGUCCUAUGGCAGAGCUCGGAGUCCGAGAGCCGGAAACCGGGGCCUGCCGCCCCAGUGCCGCCGCCGCCGCCAUGCCCUCACAGCAGCUCUUCCGCGCGCUCGUGUCUGCGCAGUGGGUGGCGGAGGCAUUGCGGGCCCCGCGCGCCGGGCAGCCCCUCCAGCUGCUGGACGCCUCCUGGUAUCUGCCGAAGCUGGGCCGCGACGGGCGCCAGGAGUUCGAGGAGCGGCACAUCCCGGGCGCCUCCUUUUUCGACAUCGACCAAUGCAGCGACCGCACGUCGCCCUACGACCACAUGAUGCCCAGCGCGGCGCACUUCGCGGAGUACGUGGGCAACCUGGGCGUGGGCGCCACCACCCACGUUGUGGUUUACGACGCCAGCGACCAGGGCCUCUACGCUGCGCCACGCGUCUGGUGGAUGUUCCGCGUCUUCGGCCACCACACCGUGUCCUUGCUCGACGGCGGCUUCCGCAACUGGCUGCGCCAGGGCCUCCCGCUGAGCUCUGGCAAGAGCCACGCAGUGCCCACCCAGUUCCGAGCCACGCUGGACCCCACCUUUGUCAAGACAUACGAGGACGUCAAGGAGAACAUCGAGUCCCGGCGCUUCCAGGUGGUGGACGCCCGCGCCGCCGGCCGGUUCCGGGGCACGGAGCCUGAGCCCCGAGACGGCAUUGAACCUGGCCACAUCCCCGGCACGGUGAACAUCCCCUUCACGGACUUCCUGACCGCCGAGGGCCUGGAGAAGAGCCCCGAGGAGAUCCGCCGCCUGUUCCAGGACAAGAAGGUGGACCUGGCCCGGCCACUGGUGGCCACCUGCGGCUCCGGCGUCACGGCCUGCCACGUGGCCCUGGGGGCCUACCUCUGUGGGAAGCCUGACGUGGCCAUCUACGAUGGCGCCUGGAUGGAGUGGUACAUGCGGGCCCAGCCCGAGGAGGUCAUCUCCGAGGGCCGGGGGAAGACCCGCUGAGGCCGGGCCGGACGUGGCCCGGGAAGCUCCGCUGACGCCCAGCGGCCAUCUGCGCCCUACCUGGUUGUUCGGACACUGCUGUCCCAGGAAGAACGUUUCCUCCUCCAACCCAGGUGGCACAUGGGGUGACAUCCCGGAGGCCGGGAGUUCCUUCUGACUUGUGGGCUCCCAGUGGGGGCGGAAGACAAGGUGGCAGUGGGCUGGGGAACGGGGGGUGGGGUGGGGGGGGAGCCACCCACGUGGUGCCGAGCUGGGCCCCACCUGCCUUCCGUUUUACAUUUGAAAAUAAAACAGCCGAGUGCUAGGUGCCACUGA